GAGCUGUUUUCGAACUUUUUUCGAACUUGUUGAUAACAAAAUUUACGAAUCUUUCAACAAUUCUACAGUUCGUUUAAGUUACCUGAGUUUUCAUUGCAUUUCUUCUUUAGUUUGUCUCUAGAUUGAUAAUCUUUUAAUCCGACGCUCAGUAUUGGAUUCAGUUGCCGCAUAUUGUAUAUCUCUGGUUCACGGUACUUUAAAAGCUUUCCCGCCAAAGAUAAUAACUCAUCCCCACCGACGACUCAUAUCCAACUUAUCAUCAACUAUCGAUCUCGCCACUUGCUGCUAGCUAUUCGCUAUUAGCCGUUCUCACCAUGGAUAAUAUGAAUGAAGGAAAAGAGAGUUCAGAGGAGUGGAAGAUUAUAAAAAGUAUCAAGAGAAAGGUGGACGACUGUUUCGAAGCGGAAUCUGAUAUGACCCUUUCCGCUAGGGAGGCGGAUUGGAUAGAUUACUUCCGCCGAAAAUAUCCUCCACUGCCAAAAAAUAUCCCUAAGGAUACUGAAGCCUUCCAAGCUAUAACAAAGAAGGCUUCCGAAGCUGCAAAUUCUGGCCAGAGCCUUUGGUUGACUGCAAGGGAAGUCGAAGCCUACAAACUCACAUCUCUUCGUGAUGCAUACUACGAUAAAUCACCCUCGAAAUCACCCAUAGACGACAUACUCCUCUGGUUCCAAGUCUUCCGGAGAACAUAUAUGGAUGGCACCCAUUGCUUGGAUUAUCAAUGGGAUCCAUUUAAAGAUUACAGCAAUAAUGUAGGUAUCUCUCUAUCGGAAGAAUUUUCGAUCGCUUCAAAGCCCUGCUUUAAUGUUCCAGGGGGAAGAGAAGAGCUUGCAAAAGAGUGGUAUCUAUGUUCACUUUCGAGUCAUGAAAAGCUCAAUGAUGCAAUGCUUUGGCAAGUUGAUGUCACAUUGAACAGCAAGGAAGCACAUGUUCUUGCUUUUCAAGGGUUAUCAUUGCCGGUUUCCAAAGAGAUCGCGGCAAAGAUACCAAGCAAAGCUACCAGGGAAACGUACAUGGAGAUGGCUGCAUUUGAUCCCGAAAAUGCUCUCCCUCAGUACCUAUUCCUUCGUUUGAGCCAAGGUUCAAAGGAUAAAGUCAAUCUUACAGUUACUUUUACAAGCGACGAGGCUGCAACACUCCUCAUAGUUAUGAAAUUCAACCCAGUCCCAAAAUUAGACCCAUCUAUCGAGAUUCCUGCAAAAGCAGUGGAAUAUCAUGAUGGAAACCAUGAAAUAACUCCACCAGAAUGGGUAAGGAAGGCGAUUGAAGCACAAGUAGCAGCGGGACAGGAAGAGCCGAAGAGAUUUGAGAACGGGUAUCCUCUGACGACAAAGACCCCGGAACAGAGGCAACAAUGGCGUCAGGAGGAGAAGGAUAGAUUGAUAUCAUUGGGCCAUACAGAGUUGGCUGCGGUUAGAAAGGACCCAAAGGAGAAGAUGAUAAAAAGCAAAGUUACUAUCAAGGAGAUCAAAGCUGUCAUUGAAACAAAAGCCGAAGAGUCUUCCAAAGUACAUGAAGAGUCAGAGGAAGAAGCUGAAGACAGAGCCAAUAUCGAGUUGGUACUUUCAUUAGGCAGGAGAAUUAAUGCCAAAGAACGACAAAUAGCUGAUAAAGAGACUGAAAUGAAACAUCUACAGAAUAUUCAUGAAAAUCGAGAGCAAACACUCAAAACUGAGAAUAACAAGCUAGGAUCCGCUUUGACAAUGGCGAAAGAGAAACUCGACAAAGCACUGAAAGAACCAGACAGGGUUCGGAGCGAAUGGUCUGCCAAGAUACAACGCUUGCACGAAAAGGUUUACAGGCUAGAGCAGGAACUCGAGGCCGAACAAGACGCACAUAAUAUCACCAAGCUAGACAGUGCAGAAACAAACAACAAGCUUUCUCGACACAAAGCAGCACAUGAACGCUUUGUUACAAAGGCUACUGAGCUUAAAAGAGAAAGGGACGAAGCACGACAGGAACGAGACAAAUUACGCGCGUCUCGUGUCAGUCAAGCUCAACUCGAUGAUACAAAGGCUAGUGAAAUUUCUCGUGCCGUUGAGGACUCUACCAAACCUCUGAAGGCUACUAUUCUUGCUUCGAAAGCAAAGAUUGCUACCUUGGAAACAACGAUCACUAAGCUCAAGGACGACGAGAGAAUGAAGAAGAGUCGAGAAGGCACAUCCGCGAACCAGGGAGCCCAAGAGCUCGAUCAUCUCAAAGCAAGAUACAGGGAAAUGAGCGAAGUUCUAACCCGCGAACGCAAUGGUCGAGCGCGUGACGCAAUAUCUUGGAAAAACAUCGAGAGUGACCUUCAACGACAAUUACAAUACCAGAAAUAUGUGUCUGCAAAUCUGCAAUCCCAGAUUAUGCAGCAGUCGAAUGGGGAUCAGGCUCUACAGGAUCAGGCUCUACAGGAUCAACUUGCUUUUUUGCAAGCGAGGAAUACUCGGUUGGAGGAUGAGAAUUCGCAAUUUAGAACUCUGCAGAUUAUGAUGCAGGAGAUUGGAAGAUCACAGACUCCGCGCUUGGUGUGAUUGUGGUUUGUGUUUACUGGUUCCGUAGGGGGUUUGGGCGGGCAUGUAUAUUUCACUCAUAGUUGAGUUGGUAGUUGUCUCGUACUAUUUUUUUAUUUUUUUGUUUUCGAGGGGUGUUUAGGAUCGGUGGUUCGGGAUUUGUACUCAUAGCAUAGCACUCAUCAGAUACUCGUCAAUCUUGCCAAAGGAGAAUUACACACAUGUAUUUAUCA